AACUCAGACAGUCGUUGUGACUGAGAGGUGAAAUGGCGCAGAAAGGAGUUCAGCUGGACCGGGAAACUUUCUCUUGUUCCAUCUGUCUGGAUCUACUGAAGGAUCCGGUGACGACUACAUGUGGACACAGCUACUGUAUGAAGUGUAUUAAAACACACUGGGAUGAAGAGGAUAGAAAGGGAAAAUACAGCUGCCCUGAGUGCAGACAGACGUUCACUCCGAGGCCUGUCCUGCUGAAAAACACCAUGUUAGCAGUUUUAGUGGAUCAGAUGAAGAAGACUGGCCUCCAAGCUGCUCCUGCUGAUCACUGCUAUGCUGGACCUGGAGAUGUGGCCUGUGAUAUCUGCAGCGGGAGAAAACUGAAAGCCCUCAAGUCCUGUCUCACCUGUUCGGCCUCUUACUGUGAGAAACACCUCCAGCCUCAUUAUGAAUCACCUCCAUUAAAGAAACACAAGCUGGUGGAGCCCUCCGAGAAGCUGCAGGAGAACAUCUGCUCUCGUCACGAUGAGGUGAUGAAGAUGUUCUGCCGGACCGAUCGGCAGUCUAUCUGUUAUCUCUGCUCUGUGGACCAACAUAAAGGCCACGACACGGUCUCAGCUGCAGCAGAACGGACGGAGAAGCAGAAAGAGCUGGAGGUGAGUCGACAAAACAUCCAGCAGAGAAUCCAGGACAGAGAGAAAGAUGUGAAGCUGCUUCAACAGGAGCUGGAGGCCAUCAAUCUCUCUGCUGAUAAAGCAGUGGAGGACAGUGAGAAGAUGUUCACUGAGCUGAUCCGUCUCAUGCAGAAAAGAAGCUCUGAGGUGAAGCGGCAGGUCAGAUCCCAGCAGGAAACUGAAGUGAGUGGAGUCAAAGAGGUGGAGGAGAAGCUGCAGCAGGAGAUCAGAGAGCUGAAGAGGAAAGACGCUGAACUGAAGAAGCUCUCAAACACAGAGGACCACAACCAGUUUCUCCACAGCUACCCCUCACUGUCAGCACUCAGCCCGUCUACAUCCAGCAUCCAGAUCCGUCCUCGCCGCCGAUUUGACCACGUGACAGCGGCCGUGUCACGAGUCAGAGACAAACUGCAGGACGUCCUGAGAGACAAAUGGACAGACGUCUCACUGACUGAAGUGGAUGUUUUACUGUCAGAUUCACCAGCAGAGCCCACGACCAGAGCUGAGUUCUUAAAAUAUUCAUGUGAGAUCACACUGGAUCCAAACACAGCAUUCACACUGCUGUUAUUAUCUGAGGGGAACAGAAAAGCAACAUGCAUGAGUUAUCAACAGUCCUAUCCAAGACACCCAGACAGAUUCACUACAUAUAUUCAGGUCCUGAGUAGAGAGAGUCUGACUGGACGAUGUUACUGGGAGGUGGAGUGGAGAGGGAAUGGAGUUUGUGUAGCAGCUUCAUACAAGAACAUCAGCAGAGGGAGGUCGAAUGACUCUGUAUUUGGAUACAGUGACAAGUCUUGGUCUUUAGAAUGUUGCUACAACAAAAAUACAUUUUGGUACAACAAUAUCCAAACUCCCGUCUCAGGUCCUCGGUCCUCCAGAUUCGGAGUGUACCUGGAUCACAGAGCAGGUAUUCUGUCCUUCUACAGCGUCUCUGAAACCAUGACCCUCCUCCACAGAGUCCAGACCACAUUCACUCAGCCGCUCUAUGCUGGACUUCGGCUUGGUUACAAAUUAGGAGACACUGCAGAGUUCUGUAAACUCAAAUAACCAAAGUCAUUUAAGGGACAACAGGUUAAAAUGUGUCUUAACUCUUAAAGCUCCCAUAUUGUUCACCUUUGUUGUGUUUUAUAAGAAUAUACAUUUGUGGUUUAACGUUCUAAAAGCCAUCUGAGAUCAGUUGUUCAUCUGCUCUCUCAGCCUCCUUCUGCAGCUCCAGCAGCUCAGAUCAUGUUGGGCCUGUCUCAUUAAA